AUGCUUUCUGUAAUAUUUUCUAGAUCGUUUGAAUUUGCGUUCGACCUGGCUCGUACGGCCAAGAAGGAAAAACUACCAGAUAUUCAUCUCAAGCACGCCAUGUUCCUGGAGGAUGAAGGAAAGUUUCCGGAGGCAGAGAGAGAAUUUAUUAAAGCGAACAAAGCAAAAGAAGCUGUGCUUAUGUAAGUUGAAGAAAUAACCUAGCCAGCAGCCACUUAUCUAACAAAUCCGUCUGGAUAGGGCAACUGUUGAAUUCAAUAGGCAAUUCCAGUUAUAGACUAAAUUUUGAUCUAGGCUAGAAGAACAAAAUCCAUCACCACAGCUAGAAAGAGCAUGUUAAAAUUAGUAAAAUUGCAAAGUUUGGUUGCGAAAUGUUGUAAAAUGCGGAAAAUAUAGCCAAGCGAAAUUUGCAAAUUUUGUAUUAAUUUGUAUUACGCGCGGGAAAAUGCACCAUAUUUGGGCCGAAAGUGGUGCAUUUUCCCGUGCGUAAUACAAAUUAAUACAAAAUUUGCAAAUUUCAUAGGGCUAUAUUUUCCUCAUUUUACAACAUUUCGCAACCAAACUUUGCAAUUUUACUAAUUUUAACAUGCUCUUUCUAGCUGUGGUGAUGGAUUUUGUUCUUCUUGCCUAGAUCAAAAUUUAGUCUAUAGCUAGAACAAUCCAUUAUAGCCAGAAUAUUUUUAUGAGAAGAUCUUUUUAAAUCUGUCAAAGUUAAAAUGAUAUCCGAACACUCUUUAUGUUGCUUUCCCUCAGGCAUGUCCACAAUCAAGACUGGGAUAGUGCUCAGCGCGUCGCUGAAGAUCACGAUCCAGACAGCGUUGCUGACGUGCUGGUUGGCCAGGCGCGUGUUGCGUUCGAGAAGAAAGACUUCCAGCGUGCUGAAACGUGUUUACUCCGUGCUCAACGACCCGAGCUGGCUGCGAGAUAUUACAAGGUGUGUAAGUGCUUGUUAAUAUUAUCAGGCUUGUUACAAGGUUGUUCCAACAAGUCCGAUACAGUCAUGAUAUGCAGUAUUGUUACAAGUUGUCAACAAGUUUGGAACAAGCUGUUAACAAUUUGUAACAACCUUGUUAAUAUUAUGAUAACAGACUUGUUACAAGGUUGUUACAACUAGUCCGAUACAGUCAUGAUAUAGCAGUAUUGUUACAACCUUGUGUCGACAACCUUGUAACAUUCUUGUUUAUCAUGACUGUAUCAGACUUGUUAGAACAACCUUGUAACAAGUCUAAUAAUGCCGUCAAGCUUGUUACAAGUUGUUAUAACAACUUGCUCCAAACUUGUUACAACAACUGGGAACAAGCAGUGCGAAGACAAUUUGUUGACAGCUUGUGAACAGAUUUGUAACAACUUGUUUCUGGUCCGGCUCAUAUGAACAGCCCCUAAUUGAUAAAAUGCACUUGAAUCGUAAUAAAUAACCUGAUUGUCUACUUUAGUAUAAAUUUCUGAAUAGCAGGACAUUUUCAAUUUUCUAGGAAGCUGGAAUGUGGACUGAUGCUUUAAGAGUGGUGAAAGAAUAUCUUCCACAUAAGGUUAGUGGAAAAAUAAUCUUGCUAUACUUUAAGUUAUUUAACAAGGAGUGUUCCUCCCCUCCUCCUCCCACACACCCUUAGAUCGCCGAGAUCAUUGUGUUUCUCUUAGUGAAACUCUAUUGAUAUUCUUUAGAUUUCUCAAUGGCAAGACGAAUACGAACGGGAAUCUUUGAAAAAGGGCAACAGGUAAGGAUGAAAAUGAGUUACAAUAGACCUAUAUAAACAAGCUUUCGUUCCCAGGGAUGCAACUACCUGAAAAAUAUAAGGAGAAUUUCGAAUUCAUUUGAAUUUAUCCUUAUAUUUUUCAGCUAGUUGUAUCCCUACCAAAGAAAGCUUGUUCAUAUUAUUGGCCCUACCUACACUGUCACAGACAGUUCCAAUAGAUUCUUUGUACGUUUGCAUGGCGAUAAAACAUAUAAUAGUUUUGUUUGUGGAAACACCACGUAAAUUUAUUACUGCAAAGCUUUCGAUCCGUAAGCCCGGAUCUUCAUCAGUAUACAUAUUAUUAGCACUGAUGAAGAUCUGGGCUUACGGAUCGAAAGCUUUGCAGUAAUAAAUUUACGUGGUGUUUCCACAAUUAAAACUAUUAUAAGUUACAAUAGACCUUCCAGUUCACAUGCACCAUUGAAUAACUCGCGUGCCAGUUGGCCCAGAUAUCAUGAUAAUGCAGGAAUAGAAUGGAACAAGGCUUUCAAGCAUUUAAAUUGUAUUUGCGCGAAUUUGAUACUUCGUGAAAGAAUGCACCGUUAGGGUCAUUCAAUGCAUGACUAACUGUAUAUGUUGGCCUUUCUUUCCGAAGUGGCGCGGACGGUAUCCUUGCUCAAGCCAGAGAUUGGGAGAUAAAAGGCGAACAUUCUCGUGCAAUUGAUAUGUACCUCAAGGUCACUCCAAACAGUUCAGACAAUACAGAUGCCAUGGCU